UCCCUGUCCUGUUUGUCUGUGUGCUCCACUCUUUACUGCCGCGCUCGACUCUCUCUCUCACUCACCCACUCACCCAGCCACCAUGAGCACGAGAACCUCAUACUCCGUCCGCUCCAGCCGCUCCAACAUGCCACUGGCUCAGACCUCCAUUACCCGCACCUCCAUGGCCCCUGCCUACAGGGCAUCCAGCAUCUAUGGCGGAGCAGGGGGCCAGGGCGCCCGCAUCUCCUCUGUGUCCUACUCUGGGGUGCGCAGCGGCGCCCCAGGCUCGUCCUCCAACUACUCCAUGCAGGUGAGCGGCAGUGAUGCAAUGGGUGGCAUCAUGGGCAACGAGAAGGGGCACAUGCAGAACCUGAACGACCGCCUGGCCUCCUACCUGGACAAGGUGCGCAACCUGGAGCAGGCCAACAGCAAGCUGGAGCUGCAGAUCCGUCAGGCCCUGGAGAAGAAAGGCCCUGAUGUAAAUGACUACAGCCGCUUCCAGGCCAUCCUGGACGACCUUCGUAAGAAGGUGUUUGAUGCCACCCUGGACAACUCCCGCUAUAUCCUCCAGAUUGACAACGCCCGACUGGCCGCCGAUGACUUCAGAGUGAAGUAUGAGUCUGAGCUGUCCAUUCGCCAGUCAGUGGAGGCUGACAUCGUUGGCCUGAGGAAGGUUAUUGAUGACACCAACCUGAACCGCAUGAACCUGGAGAGUGAGUUCGAGUCCCUGAAGGAGGAGUUGAUCUUCCUGAAGAAGAACCACGACAACGAAGUCAUGGAACUGCGUAACCAGAUCGCCCAGUCUGGAGUCCAGGUAGAUGUGGAUGCUCCAAAGGGCCAAGACCUCGCCCUGAUUAUGGACGAGAUGAGGGCCAAAUAUGAAAAGAUGGCGCUAAAGAACCAGGAAGAGCUCAAACAAUGGCAUGAAUCACAGAUCACAGAAGUUCAGGUUAAGAUGACACAGAGCACAGAGGCCCUGCAGGGUGCACGCGCAGAUGCCAACGACCUUCGCAGGCAGGUUCAGACACUGGAGAUUGAGCUGGAGUCACAGAGGAGCUUGAAAGGAUCAUUGGAGGGCACCCUGCAUGACACAGAGAUGCGUUACAACAUGGAGGUCGAGAGCUUGAAUGACGCCAUCCGCCAGCUGGAGGCCGAGCUGACGCAGCUGCGCAACAACAUCCAGCAGCAGACACACGAGUACGAGGCCCUGCUCAACAUCAAGAUGAAGCUGGAGGCCGAGAUCGCCACCUACAGACGCCUCCUGGAUGGCGGGGACUUCAAACUUGAAGAUGCCAUGGAGGACCAGAAGACACUGAAGACAAAAGUCACAACAGUCACACAGACACUGGUGGAUGGGAAGGUGGUGUCCUCAAGCACAGAGACCAAGGAGAGGCCAUUCUGAUUCACUCUCCCCUUACCAGCACAACACAAACACCUCAUGGUCCACCAUUUACAAAAAUGAUUUCAUAACUUAUUACACCUUUGUUUCUCUUACACACACACACCCCCCCAAUUCAGAAGGCAAACAUCCUUAUACUUAUAAAAAUAUAAUUGAAGAUGUAAUGAUACAAUUUGAUUUGUUUGAGAAAAUGUUUCUUUUUGGAGCAAUUUUUGUAACUCUGCCAUUGUUAUCCCAACCAUGUGUUUCACCAGUGUUUGCUUGUUGUGUUGCCCUGUGUCUGUCUGUUGCCAUUAAAAAGCAAAUGCAUCUAAAAAAAA